AUGUUGACCAACAAGACUUGCAUUCUAUUCCUACUGCUAUCGGCUGCGGUCUUCGUCGCCGACUGUCAUGCUCUGACGAGCAAGCGAUCCGUACCGUUGAACAGCAGAGCAGCCAAGAAGCGGAACAUCGGCGGUCAACUCAAAGACUGGUACCUAUCCGGUAUGACGAAAAACUACAUGUGCACCGACACGGGCCGCCUGGUCCCCGUGGACCCAGAGACGGGCCACAUGCUGCUGAAGGGACUUCGAAAGCGCAGCAACUGGUUCGACGAUCUGUUGGGACAUUCGCACGCCACCGAAAAGGGUCUUUGCCGCAAUCCUACGUGGGUGCUGCCUCCUGGCUGGACGCAGCCGAUUCCGGUGAAACAAUUCAACGCUCAGUACCCUUGGGACACGGUGGAUGAUCGUGGGCAAAUCCGUCUGAAGGACGACUUUAGAUCUUGGCUGGAAGAGCGAGCCGCAGCUGGGGCUGCGAUGGGUUCCAGUCAAGCGCAGGGAGGAGCAGGGGGCGCGGCCCCGAACGGAGGCUCCGGCAGCUUGCCUGCGUCAGAGAUGAAGGUUGCUUCAGGUACGGGUACUGGCUCGGGCUUUGGAGAGACCACCUUCGGUAAUGGUGUCGCUGCUGGCGCAGCUGCGCACGUCUGA